ACAGCUCAGGAUUUGCGCCGCCAUAUAUCUCAGUCUAAUUCUAUCAGCGCCUAACGCGACUCGUUCUGAGACACCCAAUGCCUAGGUAGGGAAAAGGCCGUGCAAUUCCUUGGAUAAAGGAUGUAAGAACUAAGAAGCAUUGGUACGCCCACCGAUGAUGACGCGCCGUUGCGGGGAUUGCUUAUUGGCUCAGAGCGAUGCGACAACAAGUCUACGCUCACACCGGCAGCAAGGCUGAACUUUAGGAUGCAGUAGCUUUCUUGAAGAGAUUGCCUGAGCGGGUCUCUAUGGAGUAAGAUAGUGCGGCCAAUAUCCUGGAGGCCUAAUUGCCAACGCGAUGUGCUACCUGUGGACGUAAGCUGACAACAAGAGGCGUACAAGUGUACAUGAUCUUGAACACCCUCCCCCUCCUCAAGUCGUUUUCUUUUCACAUGAGCCGGUUGCUAUCGAGCUCUCAGUAAAAAGAUCAUGGCGCAAAGGUCAUUGUACGUUGCAGGCCUUGUGCCACUACUAUUUGCGGUGUUCUACUUCCAACUCGGCAACCUCUCAAACUUUUACAACUAUGCUCUUCAAGCGUUGCAGACACCGUCCGCAAGUGUUACGCGUCAAGCUCCAACGACCGGAAAACCACCCAUCAUCAUGGCGGCAACCCCCGCCUUCAGCCACAUGGAAAAGAUCACGACGAUCACCGAAGGUCUCAUUUCACUCGGCUACCCCGUAAACUUCAUCACUGGGCCAGACUUCAAAGACACUAUUGAAGCAAUGGGCGCAACAUAUAUCCCCAUCGAAGGUCAGGGAAACUUCAUCCUGUCCGACGAAGACCUAGCAACAUUCGUCAGUCUGCAAGGCAACGAGCUCGAAGUCUUUGCUACGACAGCUAUCUUCAUCAAGACCAUUCCUAGACAUUACCGCACACUGCAACGAACCUUCCAAGAGUUCCGUGACCAAUACGGCGAGAAAGAGAAGAUGAUUUACAUCUUCGACUUCACGUUCGGUGGCUCAUACCCUGUCGCCUACGGCGCACCUGGCAUUCGUCCUGACGCAGCGAUUGCUAUAGGUCUGGCGCCAUAUGUGGCGGCUAGUAACGAUACGUUCCCUUUUCGUUCGGGAAAGCACCCAGAUACAAGUCCAGAGAGUAAGAGGAUCCAUUUUGAAGCGCAACAGGCCCAGAACAGGGAUCAUCCUAUCGAUACUCCUGUCAAUGAGGCUGCUAAUGCCAUGCUCCGGCAGAUGAAUGCGACGAGAGAUGUGCCAGGCUUUAACGAGAUGGCGAGUUCUGGGUCAGAUAUAUUUCUUCAAUACGGCGUUCCGGCCUUCGAAUAUGAACGCAGUGACUGGCGACCGAACCUUAAGUUCAUGGGUGCACCCGUAUCCGUGGGGAUCGCAGACCACACGCUCCCGGAGUGGUGGAACGAUGUGCUUGAAGCAAAGGCAGCUGGAAAGAAGAUUGUUGCUGUGUCUUCCAGCAGUGUGGUCUUCGAUACGAGUGCGCUUAUCAAACCAGCUUUGGAAGCAUUCGGUGGUAGAGAUGAUGUGUUCGUCAUUGCUACGUUGGUUACGUCGGAUGUCGAAACGCUUGACUUCGAGAUCCCAGAGAAUGCUAGAGUUGCAAAGUUCAUUCCUCUGGACCUGGCUCUGCCUUACGUAACUGUGCUAGUUACGAAUGGCGGAUACGGCACUGUUCAACAAUCACUCCGUGCUGGUGUGCCUAUGAUUAUCUCUGGAAUUGGACAGGACAAAUUGCAUACCGGAGCUCUCAUUAACUACAAAGGCUUUGGCAUAUACAAUGCUUUACCUCAGGUGACUGCCGAACUCCUGACUGAGUCUUUCGAUAAGAUGAUGGGUAAUGCAACAUAUCAUGAGAGACUUGGUGCCGUUAAAAAGGACUACGCGAAAUACAAUGCGGUGGAAAUUGUGGAUGAGACGAUCAAACAGGUACUCAAGGGUGAAGUGGCCAUCUAGCUAUGAAUGCUGGGUCUAGCGAUGUACUAGCAUCGGUUGUGGUAUGUUCUCGAAGUCAGUCGUCCGGUAAUCGAGUGUGGAUACGGAUAGCUUUAUGGCGAAUAUUGUGAUUAGACACCUCUUAUGCACGACCACGUCGUAUCGCAAAUGCUCUAUCUCACCGUUUCACUCAUCUAUGUAUCCUUCAAUUCUGCAGCC